AUGCCACGCUCCAUCUCAUCAUUGCACUCGCGUACUGGCACAACCUCGUCGUCUCCGCUCAGCUCGGUCUUUCCUCCAAUCAGGACUCCUUCAAGCAGUACCACAGGAUCUAUCUCGACCAUCAGCAGUGGGCCUUUCAUUCAUGCAGACGCACUCGACUCGACCAUCCAAUGGAUCCCUUCCUACUAUCUUGACGACUCUGCAAGACAGGACUCAACCACUCGCAUUCCUCGACGCAAUGCACUGGUCGUCCUCACACCAACUUCAUCUGUCUCCUCUUCGAAAGUCGAUCUUCUGCCUGAUAGAUUGAUGCGUUUGAUUCGUACUUCCGACCUUGACCAGUUCUUGAAAGGCAGGCUGUUGGCCAUGGUGAGAAUGUUCCUUUACAUCUCGCGUCAGCUCUUUCCCUCUUCGCACAUUCUCAGAGGCGAUGUCGCGCGCGAUGUCGAAAACAUUGCGCUGGACAUCUGCGAUUUCCUGGAUGUGGUCCUUGAGAAGCUUGCACAGAAACUCGAUACUGCAAUCUCAGCAAAAGAGCAGCUCUCCGGCCACGAUCUGGCAGAUGGGGUUGCCUUGGAGGAAGUCGUCAGAUGGGUCGACAUCAUCGAUGGACUACACAAACCAACUGAUGUCGAAUCGAAGAUCUUCCGUCGCAUGGCUACGCUCUACGAUGAAUACGUCUACAUGCCUUUCAUCCAACUUCAUCGUCAGGAGCCAGAGCACAACAUGUAUCUUCUCCUUGACAUCUUCCUUGAUGCUAUAUUCAUCCGCCUCCGCUCCAUCGUAGCAGACGCUACCAGCGCCGACAAUCUUGUGCUCGAGGCCGAGAAGACUCUUGACACUGCUGCCCUAGCACAUGCAAAGAAAGUACCCAAACGCCAUGUACCCUCGUACUCCACGCCUGUCGCUCGUAACCCAAGAAUGGUGGGCCUGCGCCAGAGGGAAAACACCUUGUAA